UUGAUUGGUGAUAAUACCGGGUAUGAGAGAUCUCUGUGAUUUUUAUAUUUCGUAAAGUAUAUAUUGAAGUUUCGUAUAGUGGUUGAUUAAAAAUUACCAAAUAUUUAUUUAACAAGGCUAGAUAAAUAUUUUCCAUGUGAAGAUGGGUCAACACGUUUCGAGAACUGAUUUUGAGUGGGUUUAUACGGAAGAACCACAUGCAUCUCGACGUAAAAUAAUUUUAGAGAAAUAUCCACAAAUAAAGAAAUUAUUUGGGUAUGAUCCAAAUUUUAAAUGGGUGGUAACAGGAAUGGUUUUAACUCAGUUUAUUUCCAUGUUUUUUGUGAAAGAUUUAAGUUACCCAGUGUUGUUUCUUUUAGCAUAUUGUUUUGGAGGUGUAAUUAAUCAUUCUCUUAUGUUAGCAAUACAUGAAAUAGCACAUAAUCUUGCUUUUGGGCAUUCUAGACCCAGAGCUAAUAGAUUAUUUGGAUAUUUUGCUAAUUUACCUAUAGGUAUACCAGUAUCAGUUAGCUUUAAAAAAUAUCACCUUAUACAUCACCGUUAUCAAGGUGAUGAAAAAUUAGAUACAGAUUUACCAACACUAUUAGAAGCAAAAUUAUUUUGCACAACAUUUGGAAAGCUUUGUUGGUUAGGUUUACAGCCUUUUUUUUAUGCAUUUAGACCUCUUGUUGUUUAUCCAACUGCACCUACAUUAAUGGAGUAUAUAAAUUUGAUAAUACAACUUACUUUUGAUGGGUUGGUAUGGUAUUUCUUAGGUGGGAAAGUCUUAGUUUAUUUGCUUAUUGGAUCAGCAAUGGCAAUGGGUUUGCAUCCUGUAGCUGGUCAUUUUAUAUCAGAGCAUUAUAUGUACAAAAAAGGUUUUGAAACAUAUAGUUAUUAUGGUCCAUUAAAUUGGAUUACAUUUAAUGUUGGCUAUCAUAAUGAACACCAUGAUUUUCCUGCUGUUCCUGGUUCAAGACUACCAGAGGUAAAAAGAAUAGCCUCAGAAUUUUAUGACAACUUACCACAACACAACUCUUGGGUGUCUGUCUUGUAUGAUUUUGUGAUGGACCCUGAUAUUGGUCCAUAUGCAAGAAUAAAGCGAAAACAUAGGGGAUUAGAUUCAUAA